AUCCGUUUGUAUCUAUAAAUAUAUGCACAAAUACUCAAUACAUAUAUUGAGAGAGACAGAGAGGCGGAGGUGAGGUGUGGAGGAGAGAGAGAGGUGGUGGUGUAAAGAGGAUUGCUGUAUGUCAGCAGAUUGUACACACUACUGCUACGGUGGAAUUGGUGAGAUUGUUAACCCGUUGCAAUGGCCACAACUGAGGAAAAAACGACGUCUUCGUGUUGCAUUUCAGGCGAUUCUGUUCCGGUUCGCCGUCAGGCCUCUCCCGCCGUGUCGGCGGCGGAGGUGGUGCAGGAUUGGACCGGUUCAGCCAUUGAUCGUCGCGAGGAUCAGCAAAACAAGAAAGCUGCCAUGGCGUCCUUGAUUCGCCCUGAGCCUUCAACCAAUUCUACCCCCAAAGGGAUCCCUAUCAUGUUGCGGGCUCAAACCAGUCAUCCUUUGGAUCCUUUAUCUGCUGCUGAAAUCUCAGUGGCUGUGGCAACAGUCCGAGCCGCUGGUGCCACCCCUGAGGUCAGAGAUAGCAUGCGAUUCAUCGAGGUGGUUCUGUUAGAACCAGAUAAACAUGUAGUUGCUUUAGCAGAUGCUUAUUUCUUCCCCCCUUUCCAACCAUCAUUGUUGCCAAGAACCAAAGGGGGGCCAGUAAUUCCAAGUAAGCUCCCUCCCAGGCGAGCUAGACUUGUUGUUUACAAUAAAAGAUCAAAUGAGACAAGUGUAUGGAUUGUUGAGCUAACUGAAGUACAUGCGGCAACUCGAGGAGGUCAUCACAGAGGAAAAGUUAUUUCAUCACAAGUUGUUCCUGAUGUUCAGCCUCCUAUGGAUGCCGUGGAAUAUGCUCAAUGUGAAGCUGUCGUGAAAGACUAUCCCCCAUUUAGGGAGGCAAUGAAGAAAAGAGGCAUCGAGGAUAUGGAUCUUGUUAUGGUUGAUCCUUGGUGUGUUGGUUAUCACAGUGAUGCUGAUGCUCCUAGCCGCAGACUUGCCAAACCACUUAUAUUCUGCAGAACAGAGAGUGAUUGCCCGAUGGAAAAUGGUUAUGCACGUCCGGUCGAAGGCAUUUUUGUACUUGUCGAUAUGCAAAAUAUGGUGGUUGUUGAAUUUGAGGACCGUAAACUUGUUCCCUUGCCUCCAGCCGAUCCAUUGAGGAACUACACUCCUGGUGAAACAAGAGGUGGGGUGGAUCGCAGUGAUGUGAAGCCCCUUCAAAUUGUUCAGCCUGAUGGUCCAAGCUUUCGCGUUAGAGGGAACUAUGUGGAGUGGCAGAAGUGGAACUUUCGAGUUGGUUUCACACCUAGGGAGGGUUUGGUUAUACACUCUGUUGCAUAUGUUGAUGGUUGCCGAGGACGACGACCAAUAGCCCAUAGGUUGAGUUUUGUGGAGAUGGUUGUACCCUAUGGAGAUCCAAAUGAACCGCAUUAUAGGAAGAAUGCAUUUGAUGCAGGGGAGGAUGGCCUUGGGAAAAAUGCCCAUUCUCUUAAGAAGGGAUGUGAUUGUUUAGGAUAUAUCAAGUACUUUGAUGCCCAUUUUACAAAUUUUACUGGAGGAGUCGAAACUACUGAAAAUUGUGUAUGUUUGCAUGAAGAAGAUCAUGGAAUCCUAUGGAAGCACCAAGACUGGAGAACGGGCUUAGCAGAAGUUCGGAGAUCUAGGCGACUAACCGUUUCUUUUAUCUGUACUGUGGCUAAUUACGAAUAUGGAUUCUAUUGGCACUUUUACCAGGAUGGAAAAAUUGAAGCCGAAGUUAAACUUACUGGGAUUCUCAGCUUAGGAGCACUGCAACCUGGAGAAUCUCGAAAAUAUGGAACAACAAUAGCACCGGGAUUAUAUGCACCAGUACAUCAACACUUUUUUGUUGCUCGAAUGGAUAUGACUGUUGAUUGUAAGCCUGGAGAAGCAUAUAACCAGGUUGUUGAGGUGAAUGUCAAAGUUGAAGAACCUGGGAAGAAUAAUGUUCAUAGCAAUGCAUUCUACGCAGAAGAAACUCUGCUUAGAUCUGAAUUGCAAGCAAUGCGGGAUUGUGAUCCUCUCUCUGCUCGCCAUUGGAUUGUUCAGAACACUAGAACUGUCAAUAGGACUGGGCAACUGACAGGGUACAAGUUGGUACCUGGUUCAAACUGCUUGCCAUUGGCUGGUUCUGAGGCUAAGUUUUUGAGAAGAGCUGCUUUCUUGAAGCAUAAUCUCUGGGUUACGCCAUAUGCACGGGAAGAGAAUUUUCCAGGAGGAGAGUUUCCUAAUCAGAAUCCACGUGCUGGUGAGGGGUUGGCUUCGUGGGUCAAGCAGAAUCGGUCACUGGAAGAAACAGAUAUUGUUCUUUGGUAUGUAUUUGGAAUCACACACGUUCCUCGGUUGGAAGACUGGCCUGUCAUGCCCGUUGAACACAUUGGUUUUAUGCUUCAGCCCCACGGGUUCUUUAAUUGCUCUCCUGCAGUAGAUGUCCCUCCAAAUGGAUGCGACUUGGAAGCCAAAGACAACGAUGUGAAAGACAAUGGUGUAGCAAAGCCAGUUGCAAAUGGGUUGAUGGCCAAGCUUUAAAAGGAUGCUACUUUCAAAUGAACCGGUCUCUUAUGAUCAACCUACAACGCAGAAAUCGUUAGUGAAGAUUUGUUGAAUUCACUGAUUCUCUCUCUGUCUCUCUUGAUUUCGAAAUUGGAACUGUAUUUUGGUGGUGUGGUCUGCUCCUGUUUUUGUAUAUGUGCGUUUCAGACUGCUGAUUUGUUGAUUAACCCAGGAGAGGAGUGGAUUGUUUAUUUUUUGUUUCUCAUUUGGUCUUUGUCAAAAGAUUUAUUCAAGACAUGAAUGGUCAUGUGUCCCCAUCCCAUCCCAUCCCAUCCCAUGAUGAAAAUUCGUUUUGCGAAGAUUCGAUCACAUUGCUGUGCAAAUUCC